AUGGAUACCCAUUCUCUUGUUUCUCAAAAGCUGUCCGAAUCGGGUCGUUACGUUCAGCUUCACCCGCUUGUCCUUCUCACUAUCUCCGACCACCUUACCCGCCAUACCGCACGCCAGCAGAAAGGACCAGUUCUAGGUGCUCUAUUAGGCCAACAGAACGGACAAGAGAUCACAUUAGAACAUGCUUUCGAAUGUUUCACCACAACCGGGUCUGAUGGCGAGAUUCGACUUCCUGAUUCAUGGUUCGAGCAACGACUGCAGCAAUUCAAGGACGUGCACAAAGACCCACCUCUGGAACUAGUAGGAUGGUGGUCCACUACUCCAUCAAGUGGUCCCGAAGCCUCGCACUUGCCUCUCCACCGCCAACUCUUAGAGAAAUACAACGAAUCCGCCGUCUUCCUGGCUUUCCACCCCUCACAACUCCAAGCAUCCGAGGCACACAAUUCGAAGCUGCCAUUAACGAUCUACGAAAGCGUUCUUGAGGAUGAAGGUGCCAAUGAUGCUUCUAAGGACAUGGAGAUCGACGGCCAGGAAGCGGUUAGCUUGAGGUUCCGCGAACUACGGUAUUCCGUUGAGACUGGCGAAGCUGAGAUGAUUGGUGUCAAUACCAUUGUCCAAAGCUCCGGCACAGCAGCAGCAGCAGAAGCGCAUUCCGCGUCAGCAGCAAACGACACAAAACUGCAAUCUACAAAAUCUAGUACCGAGAAGAGCAAGGAGGAAGAGCCAGUCGCAACCAAGCUAACCCAGGAAGAGGAAGAGAUGAUCGCAAGCCUCAACACCCGCCUCAACGCAGUCCGCAUCCUAGAAUCUCGAAUUGGCUUAAUAAAAUCCUACGUCUCUAGCGUUUCCACAGACACAGGUGCCGCAAACUCUUCCCAACCAACAGCAUGGUCUCAUCCCAUUCUCCGGGACGUUAACUCCCUUAUCUCACACCUCGCUAUCCUCUCCCCAUCCGACCAAAGCACCUUUGCCAAAGACGUCGUCUCCCAAAAGAACGACGUCCUCCUCGCUUCCCUGCUUGGACAAGUAGGUGACACGGUCAAAUGCAUGCGUGAGCUCGGCCGGAAAUCUGCCAUUGUGCAAUUAGGGCGACAGACGAAUAACGCGCGGAAAGGUGCCAAUCCUAUGGCGGCGCGCUUCGAGGAAGAGCUUUACGCGGGGAAGUUCAAUCCCGAGGAUGAAAUGGCUGGGUUUUACACUUGA